UUCAUACAUUCAUAUCUAAGCAUACCCUUUUAACAAUAGAACCUUUUUCACCAUGUCCACUGCUUAUGUCUCUACAGUCGUUGGUGCCUUGGCAUGCCAGCGUGACUCAUAUUUGCGCACCUUGACCACGAAGGUCGUCGGGUGCCAGGAGCUCUUACCGGAAAAGAAGAGCAAGAAGGCGUCUGAACCGGUGACAAAGUCCUAUGAAGUUGAACUUGAAGACACCGUUUUGUUCCCUGAAGGCGGCGGCCAGCCAUCGGACACUGGUUCCAUUAACGGCUCCAUCCCCGUCACCUAUGUUAAGCGUGAUGGGCUCAUCGCCAAACACAUCACCACGGAACCGCUUCAGGUCGGGUCAGAAGUUUCCUUAACGCUCGACUGGGACAAGAGGUGGGACCACAUGCAGCAGCACACUGGACAGCAUCUUCUUUCUGCCGUUUUAGACCGCUACGACUUGCCAACGUUGAGUUGGUCCAUGGGGGAAAUGCUCAACUACAUCGAGCUUCCAAGAGCUAUGUCAGCGGAGGAAGUGGCCAAAGUCAGCAAAGAGGUCAACGGUGAGAUUAAAAAAGCGACAGCCAUCGCAGUGGAAGUGCCAAAGGACAAGGACGAGGUGAACCAGGAGAAGAUGCCACUGGACUACGAUGUUAACAAGGGCGUUUUGCGCAUUGUCACCAUUGGUAAGCUCGACUCCAAUCCGUGCUGCGGGACCCACCUUGCGCUGACGGCGGAAAUCGGCGCCAUUGCGCUCUUGAAUCAGCAAUCCGUGAGAGGCACCAACUCCCGUUUAUUCUUCCUCACGGGCGAUAGGGUUGUGACUUAUGCUACUAUGGCGCACAGCGUGUUGAAGACGUUGAACGCAAACUUGUCAUGUCAGACAGAUGGUAUCUGUGACAAGGUUGCGCAGUUACAGAUGUCCUACAAGAAGGCAAUUACCAAGGAAACCAACUUGAUGAAGGAGUUGGCCACGUACGAGCUGAGGGACUUUGUUGCCAAGUUCAAGGGUGGGGCUUGUUUUGCUUACGUCUACAAGAGCGACCUUGGGCUUGACUUUGCCCAUAAUGUCACUCGCGAAGUCGGAGUGUACUUUGCGGAGGAGAAGGUCACUGACAAGACUGUUGUGGUUUUGACCGGAGAGGGCAAAGAUGGCGGUGCGUGCAUCGUGAUUGGCGAAAAGACGGACGAGAUCGUGAGUGAGUUGAAGAAGAGGUUGUCAAAUUUGAAAGGCGGUGGCAAGGGCAAGUUCCAAGGCAAGAUCUCCGCGUAUGAGAAGGGUCAGUUGGAGUCUGUGAAACUCUACCUCGACAGUUUAUAGGGGUUUAUGCUGUAUCCUUUUAUGGGUUGCUUAUUAUAUAUGUACCGUCGGAUUUAAUAGCUCUGGCUGCCUAAUAUAUGUGUUAUUUAUUGAUUUAUUGACAUUCUUGAUGUUUUUUUUU